CUGCCGCUCCGCUGCCCGCAAAAUUCGAGGCCGAGGCCUAAGGCCUCGAAUUUUGCGGGCAGCGGAGCGGCAGCGGGAGCGGCAGCGGGAGCGGCAGCGGGAGCGGCAGCGGGAGCGGCAGCGGUAGCGGCAGCGGGAGCUGCAGCGGGAGCGGCAGCGGGAGCGGCAGCGGGAACGGAAGCGGGGGCGGCAUCGGGAGCGGCAGCGGGAGCGGCAGCGGGGGCGGCAGCGGGAGCGGCAGCGGGAGCGGCAGCGGGAGCGGCAGCGGGGGCGGCAGCGGGAGCGGAAGCGGGGGCGGCAGCGGGAGCGGCAGCGGGAGCGGCAGCGGGAGCGGCAGCGGGAGCGGCAGCGGGAGCGGCAGCGGGAGCGGCAGCGGGAGCGGCAGCGGGAGCGGCAGCGGGAGCGGCAGCGGGAGCGGCAGCGGGAGCGGCAGCGGGAGCGGCAGCGGGAGCAGCGCGGAGCGGCAGCGGGAGCGGCAGCGGGCGGGCGGCAGCGGUAGCGGCAGCGGGAGCUGCAGCGGGAGCGGGAGCGGCAGCGGGAACGGAAGCGGGGGCGGCAUCGGGAGCGGCAGCGGGAGCGGCAGCGGGGGCGGCAGCGGGAGCGGAAGCGGGGGCGGUAGCGGGAGCGGCAGCGGGAGCGGCAGCGGGAGCGGCAGCGGGAGCGGCAGCGGGAGCGGCAGCGGGAGCGGCAGCGGGAGCGGCAGCGGGAGCGGCAGCGGGAGCGGCAGCGGGAGCGGCAGCGGGAGCGGCAGCGGGAGCGGCAGCGGGAGCGGCAGCGGGAGCGGCAGCGGGAGCGGCAGCGGGAGCGGCAGCGGGAGCGGCAGCGGGAGCGGCAGCGGGAGCGGCAGCGGGAGCGGCAGCGGGAGCGGCAGCGGGAGCGGCAGCGGGAGCGGCAGGAUCUUACGCGUAUAAUCAAAUGGACCGACCCUCGAAUACAGCGGUGCCCGCUGCCCGCUAG